UCAGUCCCGCUGUGAACGCAGCAAGGAGCAGUACGUUCUACCUUACCAAUACUUCUAAUUCCACGAACGUCGUUACAUGAUGAGUGAAAGAAUGAACUAUGUCUAUGAAAAUAUGUCCCAUCCUCUCAUGAAGUUGUCACCAAAUGGUGGAGCAAUUGGUGUCUCGACUGAUGCAAACGCGAAUAUUCAGCUGUCUUCUCCAGGAGAAACGGCUCCUGUUCAGCCUCAUUUUCAUCCUCAAGGAUACCCACCGCAUCCUCAUCCGACACCUCACAUGACUCCUCACAUGGGUCCGCCGCCGCACAUAUCUCAUUCGAGUUACGCGCGCGAAUUCUUAUUCCGGCGAAAUGAAGAUUAUAAUCCACCAACCAGUUCCUCUGUCGAGAACGGAUUGAUUUUGCAUCCGUUGCAUCAUGACGGAGCGGCUGCGACGAUGCAACAAUAUCAUCCACACAAUCAGCAUCCACUAGCUCCCAGUCCCUAUGGGACACUAUCCUCUGGACAUUACUCUCAAGAUUCCAGGAUACCUCAUUACUAUAAUACGUCUAAUAUCGCUACGCCGCUUUUGCAUCAUCCGCAACAUCCAGUGAAUCCGUGUAGUCAUCGUGAUAACAUAGAUCGCCACCAUGCGCCAACUUUUGUAAGAACUUUUGUGAGGAGUGGCCCACCUGACGGUAAUGGCUCCCUAUACAUCCAAAAUUCUAGUGCACAACAUCGUGAAGAGAUAAAAACUUGCUUAUGGAUGGAAGAACUGGCGGGACGAAAACGUUCUUGUGGAAAAACUUUCAAUUGUCUCAGCGACAUUGUGGCCCAUAUCCAAGUGGACCACGUGGGUGGACCAGAGUUUACAACGCACACAUGUUAUUGGCAGAACUGUACACGAGAAGGCAGAGCUUUCAAGGCCAAGUACAAGCUUGUGAAUCAUAUAAGAGUGCAUACCGGAGAGAAGCCUUUUUCAUGCCCGUUUCCGCACUGCCAGAAGGUGUUUGCCAGAUCGGAAAAUCUGAAAAUCCACAAGCGAACGCAUACUGGCGAGAAGCCUUUUAAGUGUGAAUAUAAUGGCUGCUCGAGGAGGUUCGCGAACAGCAGCGAUCGUAAGAAACACAGCCACGUGCACACAUCGGACAAGCCUUACAUUUGUCGAGUAGCCGGCUGUGACAAGUCUUACACACAUCCGAGUUCGCUGCGCAAACAUAUGAAGGCGCAUGGGGGAGCGGUAGAUAGCGACAAGACACCAGUAGGAUAUGGUAGCGAGGGCGAAGAAAGUCUCAGUAGCGGGGAUAGUUUAUCGGUCACCGGACAAACCGCGUCGCCUCAAUCGCCUGAGGUUGUUCAGAUAUCGACAACGACGACAACCAAUCCACCACCAUCUAGCAGUUUUUCUUCAAACAGAGGACUACCCGCGAGUGGGGCAGAUUGGUAUAUUCGUCAUCCUCCACCGAUGAUCGCGCCUCAGCCUGAGCCCGGCCCACCGCACCAUCUUGGUCACCAUUUUAAUCAGCUAGUACACCCUCAAGCAACGGCGUAUUAACCAAAUUUUAACAAACAAACGAUCGAUUAAUGAAUUUUUUUUCAUCUCCCUUACUUUUUUGCUCUCUUUCUCUCUCUCAAAAUGACGAUAACAUGAAUUUAAGGUCGGGACAGAAUAUUGAUAAGAUUUGUAGAUGUAAUAGAAAAUUUUUAGAUCUUCAUGAAAGAAGAAAAAAAGUUUAAAUUGAAACUUUGAAGCUUUGACUUGAUGUUUGAUACAUACAUUCUGAUACACACAAUCUAUCGGAAACAGAUAAUUGUGUUCAAAUACUUCAUAGUGAAUAUUCCACUAUGUAACAAAUUUAAAGUUAAGUGUAUAUUUUCAGUUGAGAUGAUUUAACCUUACCUGAUUAUGUGCCACAGUUAAUCUGUAACGAUCAAAUGUCAGGUUGGGUAUAAACUUACAAUAGAACACAUCGUAACUGCAACGCCGACGCAAUGUGUGGAUAUAAUCUUACACCGAACAUUUAUGUUCCAAUCACAGAUGUUCGCGACAAAGAGUUGCAUUUCUGUGAUACUCUGCUUUGAGAUUGUUUAAAACAUUCUUCUCAUAGUAAAAACAUAUAUUAAAAAGAUAAUUUUAGCGAACGUGUUCAUUAAUUAUUACGUUUUUGAUAAUUUUUAUUCAGAAUUAUAGUUUUAGUAAGUAUUCUUGUUGAAUAUUUAAAAAUUUUUUUCUAUCACUAAGAAAAUAUUACUUGUACAUUACUUGUUUUACAUAAGGCAAUUUUUAACGAUUGUUUGGUACAUCAAAGUGUAUCAAAGUUAGUAUAUAUACAAACCAUACUUUAUAGUAUAUAGUACAUAUAUCUAUAUUACAUAUGGUAUAUAUAGUAUAUACUAUAGUUUGGCACACUGAUAUAUGUACCAUUGUGUUUUAAAAUAUUUAUUUAUGCCAUUAAUAAGAAGAAUAAGUAGCCAUAGAGAACGAAACGCAGACAUAUAAUAACAAAUUUUAUUGCACAUUUUACAAUUGUGUACAUCGCACAUUUUGCAGUAAAAUUUAUUAUCAUCUGCGUUUGGUUUUGUGUGGCUAGUUGUUUUUUUAUCAAUUUAGUUUCAUAAAUUCAGAACAUUUAUUUUUUUAAUAUGUGUUCUUACAUUAAUCUUACAGUUACAUUUUCAUUAUCUUGUAGUUGUAGUACAGAGUACAAAUUAAAAUUAGAUAAAUAAUAAUAACAAUUCACGUAUAAUUUGAAAUGGCAUAAGGAUCUUGCUAAGGACCAGAAUCUUCUCAACUAAAAAUAUGACAAGUAUAAAUCCUCAGAUAAUUCUUGAAGGCUGUAUCAUAUUUCUGUGUUUCUCGGAAAAAAUAUCUUAUUUUGUUUGAUUGUUUAAAAAGAUAAACAAACUCUAAUGUAAUCAACGUAUUGAUCGAGAGGUCAAUUAAUAUUUGUGUAAAUAUGUUAUUUUACUCAAAAUCAAGACUCAUUAAAUAUUUUGCGUUAUUUUAAAUGAAUAUUUUGCUUUCUAUUUAUAUAUAUAUUCAGACUUUAACAGUCAUAAUGAUAGAACUUUCUUUAUCCAGAAAUAAGGAAAGUUACGCAAUAUAUUUAGCGACUCUUGAUCUAGAAAGACAUACAAAAGAGAAUCCGUAUAAUGCGAAAAAAAUUACAAAUGUGAGCAAAUAUAAAAUUUGCCAUUAUAUAAUAUACAAGAUGUCCUAUCUCAGUCUAUGACUCUGAAAAAUCAGUUUUCUUUUAAAUUUCAAAAAACUGUUACAGGCAAAAGUUGUGUAGUCUGGAGAGGAAAUUCAAUUUUUAAGAGUGAUAGACUCAGAUAGAACACCUUGUGUAGAAUAUUAUUGAUUAUAUGAGCAAGUUAUACUCCCCUUAAAUUUACUUAAAUCUAAAUUUACUUGAUCUAUGGUAUAUAAAUUUUUGUCGUGUAUAAAUUUUUUUGUCAUUAUAUAUAUAAAUUUUUGACAAACAAAAUUAAAAAAUUAAAUCAAAAUUGUUUAAAUCUACAGUUUAAUGAUGAUAACUAAUAAUGAUGAUAUGUUUCUGAAAACAUAAAAAGCGUAUAAGCAAAAUUUAAUUUAUAAAAUAACGAAAUAAAAACAA